AUGGCAGGAGCUCCGGUUGCCUCUGUGACCGCCAACACACCGAAGAAAAGUUACACAAUUGCGGUGAUUCCCGGCAAUGGCGUUGGCCAAGAAGUCAUCCCAAUCUCCGUUGAGGCUCUUCGUAAAGUUGGAUCUCUUGAAGGGUUCGAUUUGAGCUUCGAGGAGCUGCCUAUAGGAGGUGUUGCUUUAGAUCUCGUCGGAGUUCCACUACCGGAGGAAACAUUGACAAAAGCAAAGCAGUCAGACGCUGUUCUUCUUGGAGCUGUUGGAUGGCCGAAAUAUGAUGACAAUCCGAAGCCUAUGAAGCCCAUAACGGCACUGUUUCAGCUUCGUGCGGCUCUUGGAGUAUUUUCUAAUUUAAGACCCGUCAGGGUGUUUCCACACUUGGUUGAUUCAACAUAUCUUAGAAAAGACACUUCUCUCGGGGUUGACCUUUUGAUCAUCAGGGAGCUUACCGGAGGUAUCUACAAUGCACAUCCUCGAGGAUUUACAACAAAUGAACAAGGUGAUGAAGUUGGCUUUUGCACCGAGCUCUACUCUGCCACUGAGGUAUCAUGCAUCCACCUUUUCCAAGGCCUUUAA